AUGUUAAAGUUUGAAAUAGUUUCUUCAAGAACAGUAGAAGGUUUUGAAAAUGAAAAGAAAUUCGUAGCUUAUAUGGUGCAAGCAAGGCAGGCUACUGAAUCCAGGGUGCUGGAUCCAGACCCCGCGAACGUUGAGAGGCGAUACACUCACUUCUUAGACCUGUACAACGGCUUGAAGAAGGAAUUUCCAGCUUUGUUAAAUAAUAUUUCAUUCCCUAGAAAGAUUGUGGUUGGUAAUUUCGAUCCGAACUUGAUUUCCUCCCGAUGUGCAGCGUUUGAGUCACUAUUAGAUUUGAUAGCAAGUGAAUCCCGCCUCCGGGACUCCCCGGCCGCUAUCACAUUUUUCAAGGACAUUGAGCUAAUUGAAGCUAAAAGACUCAUCAAUGAUGGCAAGUUUGACCAAGCACUCUCAGUGUUGGAAACGAGUUUCAAAUUAUUAAACAAGGUAUAUACGGAUAGAUCGCGCGUGGUACUUGGCGCUUUGUGCCGUAUCGUGGCCUGCGCCGGGGCAAGUGAUGGUACUCUCGCUGGACCAGUAGAGCGCUGGGCACAACUUGCUCUGAAACGUUAUGAAGCAGUCAGUGACUCAGACCUGCUUCUCAUAUACGUACCACUUCUCCACACUUGUAUUUCCAUUUGGGAGACGCUCGGCCGGGAUAAGUCUAAGCUAGUGGAGGAACUGAAUGACCUUCGUCGGCGUGGAAUGAAGGUAGACUCAGUGCCAAGCCUGAUGGAGGCCGUAGACAGCCUUACCACUACAGACUAG